UCUGAUGACACCGGGUCAAAGGAAGCCGUGGAAACUGAAUCACAUCCGGUUGAGUCUAACUUGGCAAGUGAACAACUCACCGCACACGUCGAAACAGAUGUCGGAUCUGCAGAACCUGAGAUUACCGGUGUAGAACAGGAAACACAGCCACAAUCCACUGAUGAACACGUUGUCGAACAGUCUGCAGUUUCCGCCGAUCACGAGGAUGCGUUAACUGCCCCCGGAGAUAUACGGCCGACCGAAGAGAGAACUGACACAUCUGGUGUUGUCGAAUCUGCUGAGGUCACUGAAGCCUCAUCCCAUGAUCUGGAUGAGCAUGUAAAACCGACCACCACCACCGGAGAUGUGGAUCAUUUUCGAGAUGCGCACCAUAAUGGCGGCGAACGACCACCUUCGGUUGACUUGGGUGGAACUGUGACGUAUCACUCGGAAGAACAUGGUGGCGAUGCCGCAGACGGUUAUAUGCCAACCGACAAUGAGGGGCAGGUGGCCGGACAAUUGAUGAGCACCGCCCAUCAUGGUGUGGAGAUGAGUACAAUGAUUCAUCCACCUCCAGAUCACUCUGAACAUGAGGUGUAG